AGAUAACCCCUUUCCUCAACAAUCCCCCAAUCCCACACGCAACAUACGCUCGCUCUGUACUAAGACCCUUCCCCCCGCUCCUCCGCUUAUAAUACGGCCUCUCCAUAUCUUACUGUCGGGAACGUCUCCUGGCACCUCAGCGAAACUCGUCUCUCGUCUCGUGAUCUACCCGCCGCGAAGAUUGACUGACACUCGCCCCCAAAACACACCUCAGAAAUGGAAAAGGGCAAAGUAAACCACGACGGGCUGUUCAACAUCGAGCAGCCCCUCCUCAAGGUCCCAGCAGAACAACUCAAAAAAGCCGCACGAACAACACAACGCUACAUCGACUACUUUAUGAAGGAGAUCAACGCGGAUGUGACCAAACUGGGGAAGAAUGCGGGCGGGAGUGUUGAUGCGAGCCAGGCGGUGAAGACGUUGGAUGAAAUGGUUGAGCGGUUGGUUAAGUUGAAGAGGAAGAUCGCGGAGACAAAGGCCGAAGAAUUCACAUCCGUCGAGCGCACCAAAACGCGCCUCAACCACCUCACCGACGUCAUGUCCGUCACCUCCUCUGAAUCGCCAGCGUUCAAUCGCUGGUGCCAGACGCGCAUGGAGCGGCUGCUUGUGGAUUACAUGCUUAGGAACGGGUACAGCAGGACGGCGCAGGCGAUAGCCUCGGAGCUGAAGAUUGGGGACUUGGUGGAUAUUGAGCUGUUUGCGGAGUCGGGACAGGUCGAAGAAGCGCUGAGGAAUCAGAACUGUGCGGAAUGUCUGAAAUGGUGUGCGGACAAUCGAUCUAGUCUCGAGAAGAUUCAGAGCACGCUAGAAUUCAAUCUCCGCUUCCAAGAAUACAUCGAGCUCGUCCGCGCCCAAAAAAAGGAAGAAGCAAUAAAGUACUGCCGCAAAUACCUCAUCACCUGGCAAGCGGCCCACAUGUCCGAGAUCCAGCAGGCCAUGGCACUGCUCGCUUUCAGUCCGGAUACCUGGUGUGAGCCGUACAAGGACCUCUACUCCCCCCACCGCUGGACCUCCCUAAUCGACCAAUUCCGCUCCUCCAACCACGCCCUCCACAACCUCACCUCCCAACCGCUCCUCACAAUGACCCUCCAAGCCGGGCUUUCCGCCCUCAAGACCCCCGCCUGCUACAACGACGACGACCGAACGAUCAACUGCCCCGUGUGCUCGGCCGAUACGUUUGGACGACUGGCCGAGGAUCUGCCCAAUGCGCAUCAUGUGAAUAGUUGUCUGGUGGAUCGGGUGACGGGCGGGUUGAUGGGGGAGGAUAAUUUGCCGCUUGUGCUGCCGAAUGGGUUUGUGUAUAGUACCAAGUCACUGGCGGAAGCGGCACUGCAAAACAAUGGGAUGGUGCGGUGUAUAAAGACAGGGGACCAGUACCAUAUCUCGACCGCGCGCAAGGCGUUCUUAUUGUAGGAACGAAAUGGGGGAGAAGAAGUGCUCUCUGGAUCGCCGAAUGGCCAGUCAUACAAGUUAUAGGACCCGAGUGAUGCGCAAUCCGGCCCCGGGUUA